AUGCUGAGAAACCAAUUUCACCUGCAUUUCACCUAUCAAUCAGAAAAGGAGCCCGUUUAUCCUGAUAAACUCACAAGAAUUCUUCAAAAUGGGGCGCCUUCGUUGGAAGUUCAGCUGAAACAUGCCUGGAAUCCAAAUGACUGUCCUAAAGAUAUAUCAGUCAAAACAGAUAAUCCUCUCACUUUUCACCGUAAUCCAAUUGCUGAAAGUACUCAUGGAAUACGUGGAAAACAGGGAUCAGUAGUGAAUUCCACGUAUGGCAAAUCGAUUGGCCAAGGAACCAAAGGGGAACAACUGCAAUGA